AUGGCCUCCCCGCAGUCCAAAGGUGAAGCCCCCUCCUUCGGCCAGAUUCCCACCGCGAACCUCAUCGGCUGCGUGAAAUCUGCCGACGGCUUCACCCUCCUCCAUGUAGAACCGGACUCUGAAACUCCCUCGUUCAAGGCCUCGCCCGCCGAGACGCUGCCUCCCGACUUCACUGACCGCUACCUCAUCCACCGACCGAUCGAUGCCCACGUCCACGUUAUCAUCUCCAUCCUGUCUGGCAGCUGCCUCGCCGAGAGAUUCUACCAGAAGGCUCUCGAGCCUCUUCUCGAUGCCGUCGGACUACAGCGGGGCGCCGAUUACACCGUUCACCGUACCACAUCUGCGACUACUGUCUUAGAGCUCACGCGCGACAUAUUCCUGCCUCGGGCGAACAGUGGCGCACACCAACGAAUAAUACUGCUUUCGGGCGAUGGCGGUGUCGUCGACGUUGUGAACGGGUUGCUCUCGGGCUCAAGGACCGCCUCAUUCGUUGCGCCGUCCAUUGCCCUUGUUCCCAUGGGCACAGGAAAUGCGCUUGCUCACUCCUCGGGUAUCACAGCCGACAACACAAUGGGUCUGGCUACGCUUGCGCGCGGGUCGCCGGUGAGGCUGCCUCUGCUCAAAGCGCGCUUCUCACCUGGCGCCAGGCUCCUGGUUGAGGAAGGCAGCAAGAAAGAAGCGCUGCCGCAGACCACGAGCGAGAGCUCUGAGCCUGUAAUGUACGGCGCCGUCGUUUGCAGCUGGGCUAUGCAUGCCGGUCUGGUGGCCGACAGCGACACGACCGAAUACCGCAAGUACGGCGUAGAGAGGUUCAAGAUGGCUGCCAAAGAAGCGCUAUACCCAGCCGGCGGCUCCGAGCCUCACAGGUACCGCGCAAAGAUAUCGCUGCUGCGCAACAAGCACGGGCAGGCUAGCUGGGAGGCAGUCGGCCGACAGGAACACGCCUAUGUGCUCGCGACGCUGGUGUCGAACCUGGAAAAGACAUUCAACAUUUCGCCGCAGACGCGAUCGCUGGACGGCCAUCUCCGUCUUGUGCACUUUGGGCCAAUGCCGAGCGACGAAAUCAUGCGCGUCAUGGGGCUGGCGUAUCAGAAAGGGAAGCAUGUGGACGAGCCCGCAGUGGACUACGACGACAUUGAGGGCAUCCGCAUUGAGUUUAUGGAGAGCGAGGACCGAUGGCGGCGAGUGUGCGUUGACGGUAAGAUUGUGCUGGUUGAGGAGGGGGGCUGGGUGGAAGCGCGCCGGGUAGAGAGCGACCAGGAGCAGGUGGUAGAGCUCCUUGCCCAGGUCCCCGACCGCAACACGUCCCGACCAGCCUCGCCCUUCCUCCAGUGGACGACAUCGAGGAAGGACAGGCUGCUCCACGAGCGCACCGCGCGCAGCAUGUUGCUCGUCCACCAAGCGGGCAGUGUCAAAGUGGGCGAGAUAGUCCGCUACACCCUCACCUAUACCCCAGUAAACGACCGCAUCCUCCCAAGCCCCACGCACCUCCACCUCAAGAUCAAGAACUCGUCCGCAAUCCCGCUGCGCGCCGCCUACCUCCACGGGCCCUACACUCUCCAUGUCGCCGCGUACCCCUCGACCUUCAAUCCGAACCACAAAGUCGAGAACCCGAAGAAGGAGGGCAUCCCGGACUUCGAGCCCAACCUCAAGGCCGGUGGCUCCUGGGGCACGCGCCUGCUCGUGCCCGACCACAUCCGUGAGUCUGGCAGCGUGCAGCGCGGCGCCGAUGGCGAGCCCCGGAGCGUCACCUGGAUCAUAGAAAUCACUUCGCAGAUCCUCUUCUCCAACAGCGCAUCUGUGAGCUUCGAGCUACUGGUCGGCCGAGACGAGCGGAGUUUGGACUACGGCUUCGCCGCCGUUGCGGGACAAGGCCAAGGUGGCCCGGGUCAGGUUGAGGAUCACCAGCAGGGCAAAAGGCACGAGGGGCGCCAUCCGGCCCAGCCGAAGGGCGUCUAUUCCAGAGCCAUCCGUUUGGUUGUCGAUGACACGACUAGCCUGUGGGACAAGCCGGCGCUGCCGGAAUGGGAGUGUGACAGCGGCAAGUCUCGGACCUCGAGGGACGGAAGUGACGUCCAUCCGAAAGAUGCGACCAAGGUCAAGAGACGGCAGAACAUCCAUGUCGUCAUCGUCACCCAUGGUCUGCACAGUAACCUGGGGGCGGACAUGCUCUACCUGAAAGAGAGCAUUGAUGCCGCUGCGAAACAAGCAAGGGAGGAGGCGCGCAAGCGGAGGAGAGCGACUCGAAACGGCGACUCAUCCAAAGCAUCCCCAACUCCCGGGACCCAGGCAGACGGAGGCGAUCUGCAAGACAGCUCGACUGCCCCUCUUUCUGGCGGCCAGGAAGAUCUUCCCGAGGAGAGCGCUGAAGAUGACGACCCUGAUGAGGAACAAGUUGUUGUUCGAGGAUUCGCUGGCAAUGCCGUUCGUACGGAGCGGGGCAUUCAGUAUCUGGGCAAAAGGCUUGCCAAAUACAUUCUGGGCCUAACAUACCCGGACCAGCCCUAUCUUCCCGUAAAGAAGAGUAUGAAGCACAAGAUGUCCAGCACGUUCUCGGCCUCGAAGGCUCCAGCUGAUGAGGGCAUACCAGCACACUCCGGGAGCACUGUGCAACAUCAACAUCAUCAUCCCAAGCAUGACGACCGAGCUUACAAGUUCACAAGUAUCAGUUUCGUCGGGCACUCGCUCGGAGGUCUCGUGCAAACCUAUGCUAUAGCAUAUAUACACAAACAUUCUCCCGAAUUCUUCCAUAACAUCAAGCCUGUCAACUUCAUCUGUAUGGCUUCGCCGCUACUAGGACUGAGCAAUGAGAAUCCAAUGUACGUCAAGUUCGCUCUCGACUUUGGCCUCGUUGGCCGCACAGGACAAGACCUGGGACUCACUUGGAGGGCCCCAACUAUUGCGCGAGGUAGCUGGGCAGCCAUGGUCAGCGGUUUUGGUACCGCCCAAAAGGAGACAAAACCCGAGGACCCCGGUGCCAAACCUCUGUUGCGCAUUCUUCCUACUGGCCCCGCCCAUCAGGUUCUGAGGAUGUUUCGAAAUCGCACUGUAUAUUCAAAUGUUGUGAAUGACGGAAUAGUGCCUCUCCGGACGAGCUGCCUGCUCUUCCUUGACUGGAAAGGUCUUGGCAGGGUGGAGAAGGCUAGAAGAGAAAAUGGCUUGGUCGGCACACUGGCAAGCUGGGGUUUCGCAGAGUUGACUGGCCAGAACUCGUCCCCAAAUCCGUCAAGAUUGGCAUUCGACCGGGAUGAGGACGACAGCGGAACCAGCACUCCGAUUGGUGGUAACAACGACGCAACUGUGCCGCAACCCGCCGAAGAUGCUGUCAAUCAAGACCAGACGGCGACUACUACUGGCGAACCGCAGGCAAACCAGUUCCUGUCCGAACAACAGAUGCAAGCUGUCCAAGAGGCAACCUCACCCUCAUCUCCUCGCAAAGCAAGUGCGCCUAGCACUUCAACAGCGAAGACUCCCGGCGCGUCGAACCCUUUUAGUGGAUUCAUAAGCUAUCUUAAAGGCGCGACUACGACACCGAAGGAUAAGAAAAUGUUCAAGAGAAGCCAGACAGUACAACAGAUACCAGAAUCAAGCCCGACGUUGGACACGGCGGAAUCAUCGCAGCCUUCACACGGGCGGCCUCUUGCUUCCAGAGGGGACUCCACUAUCAACAACGAGCUCGCUCCUCCGAAAACCACAAUCUUUGAAUCAGCCGGUGAUAUUCUUAACCCUCCAAUCCCACCGAUUGACUGGAUAAUCGAUCCUUCUACCCGCUCUCGGACCAUCUUCCACGACCGUAUCUAUCAUCCGGAGGACAUCCCCGCUCCGCCAGUGAAGAGGCCCAAGGGUUUAGCACGGUCCUUUUCCUCCGAUCACAGCAUCACCAGUGUUUCGACGACCGAUUCGACCGAAUCAAGCAGUGGGAUGCGGGUGGAAGAGAAGAUUGCGCGGUCAUACCACAAAGAUCUUUCGUGGCGCAAGGUGCUCGUACGACUGGAGCCUGAUGCACACAACAAUAUUGUGGUACGGCGGAUGUUUGCAAAUGCAUAUGGGUGGCCUGUUAUCAAGCAUUUGUGUGAUACUCAUUUUGCAGAUACUUACGCCGCACGCACACGUGACGAGAGAGAACCUGCCAUUGACCGAGCACAGCGGACAACUGCUGUCAUCACUUCGGACGGGGAGGAAGUGGAGGGCCAGCGCGCCAAGGGGCCCCCACCUGUCUCGCCUUCGGAGAUGCGUGAAGCUUCUGACGAGCUUGCUCCCUUACGGGACGACAGCAUUGCGAGUGAGGGCGCUGGUAGUUCUAGCCAACAUCACCACGACCAUUUGCAUUCGUCCCACACCGGUGGCAAGACAUUGCGUCGAGAGGACAGCUCCCUUUGGGACGACACUUAUUUCGAGGGCACCGAAGACGAGUCGGACGUCGACGAUGACGAGGCGCAGGACAACCGAGGCUACUUCCAGCGCUUCCUCUCGCCAGCGCCGCAAGGCAAGAACCGGAAGAAGCCAGCACCCACCAGUGCCCCGGAUCCAGCCAGAAGAAACAGCGAAGACCGUUCUCAAGCGGGGACGAGCUCCGCUGACAUCGCAAGCUUCCUGGAAGCAAAGGCGCCGACUUCCGAAGUCGUCGUUGAGGGGCACAGGGGGCUUAGUCCGGUCAUCACUCCGAAGGAGAGGCCCAUGAGCUCGGGGUCUGUCGACAAGGGAAAGACCGCUGCGACCGGUCCUUCCACACAUUCGGCACCUCAUCCGGAAGACGUGCCAUUACCAAGCCCAUCCGGGACCACGAUCGCCCCAGGUGUAGUUGCUGAAGUAGGAUUGCGGAAGAGCAUUGAGGAGCAGAUGGGCAGCCCAACAGCAGCAGUAGUAGACAGACGCGGUAGUGAUGCAGCAGGCACUGCCAGUGUUACAGAAGAAGUCGCAAAGGCGUUGGUUGUCGCCGGAUCUUCCGAACAACCGCAGCAACAGUCAUGA